AUGUCAUUAAUUGAAGACUUACCUGUUUUUUUUUUUCUCUUUUGUUUUUACUCUUCAGGGUUUGGUCGGAAGGAUGUUGUGGAAUACCUUCUCGAAUUCAAUUCAAAUGUCCAUGCGCGUGACGAAGGGGGUCUGAUUCCAUUGCAUAAUGCCUGCUCCUUUGGUCAUGCGGAAGUAGUGAAGCUCCUGCUGCGCCAACAGGCAGAUGCCAAUGCUCGUGAUAACUGGAAUUACACUCCCCUACAUGAAGCAGCUAUCAAAGGCAAAAUCGAUGUUUGUAUAGUAUUACUUCAACAUGGUGCUGACCCUAGUAUCAGAAACACAGAUGGCAAGACUCCUCUUGACCUGGCUCAUGCUUCAGCUAAAAAUGUUUUAACAGGAGAAUACAAAAAAGAUGAACUGCUUGAAUCUGCUCGGAGUGGAAACGAAGAGAAGCUGAUGUCUUUACUCACCCCACUUAAUGUCAAUUGUCACGCCAGUGAUGGACGAAAGUCAACACCUCUUCAUUUGGCUGCUGGUUAUAACCGAACACAGAUAGUUAAAUUAUUACUACAACACAGAGCAGAUGUCCAUGCCAAAGAUAAAGGAGGAUUGGUUCCCUUACACAAUGCCUGUUCAUAUGGUCAUUACGAAGUUACAGAAAUGCUUUUAAAGGCUGGUGCCAGUGUCAAUGCUAUGGAUUUGUGGCAGUUUACACCACUCCAUGAAGCAGCUUCGAAAGCCCGAGUUGAGGUGUGUUCACUGAUGUUGGCCAACAAUGCUGAUCCAACCCUUGUAAAUUGUCAUUCGAAAAGUGCAAUAGAUGUCGCCCCCACCAGAGAACUCCAGGAGAGGUUACAAUAUGAAUAUCGGGGCCAUUCGUUAUUAGAAGGGGCCCGCAAUGCUGAUCUGGCCAAAUUAAAGAAAUACUUGACCACAGAUGUUGUCAACUUUAAACAUCCUCAGACAGACAAAACUGCUUUGCACUGUGCAGCUGCCUCACCUUACCCCAAACGUAAACAGGUUGUGGAUAUUCUGAUACGGAAAGGUGCAUUAGUUAAUGAGAAAACGAGAGAAUCAUUCUUGACUCCUCUUCAUAUUGCUGCUGAUAAAUCUCAUUAUGAUGUCAUGGAUAUACUUCUAAAGCAUGGAGCACAGGUCAAUGCUUUGGACAGUCUCGGCCAGACAGCUCUUCACCGUGUCGCCAAGCAAGGGAAUGUACAGGCUUGCCGUCUCUUGCUGUCUCACGGUGUCGACCCGACCACAAUGUCUCUUCAAGGUUAUACGGCAGCACAGCUGGCGUCUGAAAAUGUCAAGAAAAUUCUACGGGAGGGUCCAUCAAUUGGUGUAGUUGAAGUUGAUAUUCAACUUUUAGAAGCAGCCAAAUCAGGAGAUCUGGAUCUUGUUAAGAAAUUGGUUACAGCGCAGCCUUCUGCUGUCAACUGCAGAGACUUGGACGGCCGACAUUCCACUCCACUGCACUUUGCUGCAGGUUACAAUCGUGUUAGUGUAGUUGAUUUUUUGUUACAGAAUGGUGCAGACGUACACGCAAAAGACAAAGGGGGUUUAGUUCCGUUACACAAUGCAUGUUCCUAUGGCCAUUAUGAAGUCACUGAGCUUCUUAUCAAGCAUGGUGCCCUGGUAAAUGUAGCAGAUUUAUGGAAAUUUACUCCACUUCAUGAGGCAGCUGCCAAAGGAAAGUUUGAGAUCUGUAAACUAUUAUUGAAGCAUGGAGCUGAUUUGAAUAAGAAAAACCGUGAUGGCCAUAUUCCUCUUGAUCUUGUGAAAAGUGGAGAUUCUGAUGUACAAGAUGUUCUACGAGGUGAUGCUGCACUCUUGGAAGCUGCCAAAAAGGGAAACCUAGCAAGGGUACAGAAAUUAGCAACCAAAGAUAACAUUAACUGUCAAGAUACACAAGGACGGAAUUCCACGCCGUUGCAUUUAGCAGCUGGAUAUAACAAUCAAGAAGUUGCAGAAUUUCUCUUGGAGAACGGUGCUGAUGUGAAUGCCAUGGAUAAAGGCGGAUUGAUACCUCUUCAUAAUGCCUCUUCUUAUGGGCAUGUCGACAUUGCUGCUUUGUUGAUUAAGUUCAACACGUGUGUUAAUGCUGUUGAUCGAUGGGGUUACACCCCUCUUCAUGAAGCUGCACAGAAAGGCCGAACUCAGCUGUGUUCAUUACUGCUGGCACAUGGAUCAGAUCCUGCCAUGAAGAACCAUGAAGGCCAAACACCUUUAGAUCUUGCUACAGCUGAAGAUGUAGCAGCUUUAUUACAAGAUGCCAUGCCCAUCCAACAAUCUACCUGUACGCCAAUGUCCAGCACCACUGCCAUCUCUGUUCCUACCAACACCCCCAGCACAGCCACUGCCAAAUUACACGUUCCUAACUCGUCUCACUCACUAAUGUUGUCAAGUCCAGCUCCCAGUUUAACCGCUGAAGGAGCCGUUGGUGGGUUACCUCAAAUGGCACACGUGGGCGACGGCUGCGCCGAGAUGCUUCCUAACGAUGUCGAACAGAGCAUGGAGUCGAUGAGCGUGACGACGUUCCUGUCCAGCAUCGGGCUCGAGAAUUUGUGCGAAGUCUUUGAGAAGGAGUUCAUCACCAUGGAUAUCUUGACCGAAAUGAAACAUGAAGAACUGAAGGAGAUUGGCAUCACAGCAUAUGGCCAUCGCUACAAGAUACUGAAGGGGGUCGAGAAGCUCAAGACAAACAAUUGUUCCACCCUGCAGACCACCCUUCCGCAACAAGGCACCAUCCUCAUAGACCUUCUACCAGACGAUCCGGAAUAUAUUAUGGUAGAAGAACAGAUGCAGGGAACAGUUCGAGAACACAAAGACAAUGCUGGUGGCAUCUUUGAUCGAUACAACAUUAUAAAAAUCCAAAAAGUGCGUAACAAGCGUUUGUGGGAGAAGUAUUAUCAUCGUCGGAAAGAGGUGGCGGAAGAAAAUAACAACAACGAAAACGAGCGGCUUCUCUUUCAUGGUUCUCCCUUUAUCAAUGCCAUUGUACACAAAGGUUUUGAUGAGAGACAUGCGUAUAUUGGUGGCAUGUUUGGUGCAGGAAUUUAUUUUGCUGAGAAUUCUUCCAAAAGCAACCAGUAUGUUUAUGGUAUUGGAGGUGGUACAGGCUGUCCAGCACACAAAGAUCGGUCGUGUUAUAUUUGUCAUAGGCAAUUAUUACUAUGUCAGGUGACACUUGGCAAGUCUUUUACGCAGUUAAGUGCAAUGAAAAUGGCUCAUGCGCCGCCAGGGCACCAUUCUGUGAUUGGUCGACCAAGUAACGGGGGACUGACUUUCCCAGAAUAUGUUAUAUACAGGGGUGAACAGGGUUAUCCGGAAUACCUAAUCAACUUCCAGAUCGUAAAGCCAGACAGUCCAGCUGACAGCACAACAUGACAUGAAUACAGCAGCAGCAGCAGCAACAGCAACACCAACAACACCGCCACCGUCUCCACCGCCAUCGCCACCACAACCACCUUCGCCGCCACCAGCACCAAUUACAAGAACAGCAGCAGCAGCACUACCACCACCACCGUAAACAACAACACUUACAAUAACUGCAUAACAACAACAACAACAAACAACAGUUCUACUAAUAGUUUGUAAAUUUCUAAUCUCAUAUUCUUUUUUUUUUUUAUGUACAAAGUCUUUCUAUUUCUCAUUGUCUAUCUUGCACACACACACACACACAUCAUCAAAUACAUACGUGAGGUUUCCACAUAAAUUUUACUUGAUUUUGGUAAAAAUUACUUUUUGACUAAAAUUUCUUUGAGGCAGUGCUCCAGCAUGACCACCACAGUCAAAUAACUGAAACAAGUGUAAAAAUUCGUAAGUUAAUUAAAUUACUCUUUAAUUACUUAAAACAAAACUAAAACAUGCUCACCUGCCGUUUCAAUAAAUUAAUAAAAAAACCAAUAAUCUGAGUUCCUAUCCAGAAGGCUGAAAAACUAAAUUCUUUGAAGGCACUGCUACAGGAUGGCCGUAAGAGAACGAUGAAAUCCAGUGGAAAAGUAUUGCUGAUUGGUUGUUAAUUUUUGUACCAAAAUUAAGUGGAAAUUUUUGGACACUGUUAUAUACACUCUCUCUCUGUGUAUGUGUAUACACACACACACAUUCUCUCUAAACACACACACACACACAC